AUGGGCGUCCAUCGGCAGCGAUUCGGCCUGCUGGCCAUCAUUGGCCUCUCUUUUGCCAUCUUGAAUUCGCCCACGGCCAUGAGCGCCUCUCUCUCCGUCGUUCUCACCUCGGGUGGACCGGUCGCCGUGUGCUGGGGCCUCGUCAUCUCAGCAAUCGGCGUCCUUUGCGUCGCCCUGAGCCUGGCUGAAAUCUGUUCCGUGCUUCCCACUCCUGGUGGUCCAUACCACUUCACCUUCAGAUUGGCCACACCCCGGACGCGAGUGCCUGCCGCGUACUUUACCGGAUGGCUCGCCUGCGCCGGUUGGGUCUGCUUGACGGCCACGACGUCGUCCCUGGCGGGCUCUCUCAUCGUCGGCAUCAUAGCUCUGCUCCACCCCUCGUACGAGGAGAAGGCCUGGCACGAGUUCCUGAUCUACAUCGUCUUUGCCGUCGGCGCAUGGUUCGUCAACGUCUUUGGCGCAAGGAUCCUGGACCCUGUCAACCGUGCCGCCCUCGUGUGGAGCAUCUCGGGCGUCGUCAUCAUCUGCAUCACCUGCCUGGCAUGUGCAAGCCCACAAUAUGGAACGGGCAAGUUCGUCUUCGGCACAUACGUUAACCAGACAGGCUGGGACAAUGGCGUAGCAUUCAUCUUGGGACUUCUCCAGUCGACUUUUGGACUGGUCGGAGUCGACGGUGCAACGCACAUUAUCGACGAGAUGCCCACGCCCCACAUUCUUGCUCCUCGCGCCAUGAUUCUUGCGCCCAUCAUUGGCAGCAUCUCGGCAUUCAUUCUCCUCAUCGUCUUCCUCUUCGUCCUCAAAGACUUCGGCCAGGUCACUAGCGGUCCCGCUGGUCCUUUGCUCGAGAUCAUCUACCAAGCACUGGGGAACCGAGGCGGCGCCGUCGCUUUGUACAUGUUCCCCGUCGUGUCCAUGGCCUUUGCUGCUAUUUCGAUCCUCUGCGCCAGCUCUCGCCAGACGCAGAGCUUCGCUCGAGACAAGGGCUUGAUUUUCGGCACCUUCUGGGAGAAGGAAAGCCCGCGAUGGGGUGUGCCGAUUGCUUCCAUCACGAUGACGUCUGCUUGGGUGAUCAUUUUCGGGUGCGUCUACCUCGGCAGCUCCUCGGCUCUCAACGCAAUUCUUUCGUCAAGCGUCGUGAUGCUCCAGGUGUCCUACUGCGUCCCCAUCAGUAUUCUCCUCGUUCGUGGACGGAGAUUGCUCGAUGAGAUUGCGGCCGAAGAGGACCGCGAAUUCCAAACGAUUGAGGAGCGGCAACAAGAGGGUCUCGAUCAGGGCACGAGCAGCAAGCGCAACUACAACCUGGGUCGAUUCGGCUGGGCCAUCAACGCCUGGGCUGUUCUCUUCAGCCUCUUUACCUCUGUCUUCUUCCUCUUCCCGCCCGAGCUUCCCACGACGGGCUCGUCGGCGAACUACGCUGCCGCUGUCGUCUUCUUUGUCAUCUGUCUCGCGGUCCUCUCUUGGAUCUUUGACGGCCGCAAGCAGUACGAGGGACCAAAGGACCUUGACUUGGCCCUUGCUCGAGCGAGGCAGGCUCGUCUCUACGACGAACGACCGAACUCACCGUCUUCUGCUCCGACAACCACCGCGGCGCAAGGCCCUGAUUCCACACCUGAAAAGACAGCAUCAUCGUAA